AUGUCGACCUUAACCGCCACCGAACAGGAAGAACAGAGGAAAAUUGUUGAAACAUUUCAAAAACUUCGUGAGCAGCAGCAAGAAAUUGCGCAGGAAAUCACACGUAUCGAGGAAGAAAAAAGAGAGUUUAGUCGAGUUAUCGAAUUACUGAAGGAGUUAGAUGGUGAGCAGAAAUGUUUCCGGUUGAUCAGUGAUACUCUUGUUGAGUACACAGUUUGCGAUGUGAUUCCCGUUCUGGAGAAGAAUCUUACAAAUCUCGGCGUUGUGUCUGCUGAGUUAAACAAGAGACUAGUUGAAAAAGGCAACGAGAGAUUAGAGAAAAACAGCUGCAAUCUCUACAACAGCAACAGCAACGAAAGACCACGUCAUCCUGAUCUCUUCACGUACCUGAUGGCAUUCGUUUGCGAUGUGUUAUUGUCAUCAGACGAAGAGGAUCAGAAUGAUGCUAUUUGUGAAGUUACUGCAGAAUCAGGGAAAGAAUGUCCAAGCAACGACGAGAAAACCGAAGGAACUUCUAGUGAAGACGAAGUGGAAGGGGAGGAAUUGAGUCAGUUGCAGUGUGCUACUUCUUCCACUGAAGAACAAAUAAGAACGGCCAAAUCUCUUUCGGAAUUAGGUUUGAGUUCAUGGCUUAUUCAGCAACUUACUGCAAUGCGAGUAGUGAAACCUACACCAGUACAGGCAAAUUGCAUACCUCAGAUACUGCAAGGGCGAGACGUGCUUGGCUGUGCAAAGACUGGCACAGGAAAGACUCUUGCCUUUGUUCUUCCGAUUCUAAACGAGUUAGCUGUAGAUCCUUAUGGGAUUUUUUCGCUUAUAUUGGCACCCACGCGAGAACUAGCGUCUCAAAUUUAUGAUCAGUUUGUUGCACUUGGGAAGCCGAUAUCUCUCAAAGUUUCCUUGAUCACUGGAGGAAGAAGCUUGAUUGAUCAAGCAAACGAGUUGACUGCGCGUCCACACGUAGUUGUCGCUACCCCUGGUAGGCUUGCUGAUCAUAUUGAAAGCAACUCCGAUGGUCUUGGACAACUUUUCAAGAAAAUCCAGAUUUUUGUCCUUGACGAGGCUGACCAAAUGCUUGAUGGGCAAUACAGUGAACAACUAAAAAUCAUUUUUCUUGCCAUACCAAAAAAGCGCCGUACUCUUUUGUUCUCUGCUACCAUUACAAGUGCCAUAACAAAACUUCAUCAGAUUUCCGUGAGGAAGCCCUACUUCUUCGAGGAUAAACAAGAAAUUGCAACUGUGGAACGUCUCGAGCAAAAAUAUGUGUUAUGUCCAGUGGCUGUAAAAGACGCCUACCUAGUGUAUGUUGUGAAGAACUUUUGUGAGCGUAAUGGAAACAGUUCUGUGAUUGUUUUUGCGCAGACAUGUCGAGAAUGUCAAGCUUUGGCUUACAUGUUUGAAGGAUUGGGGUUUAAGGUUGGCUCCCUGCAUUCACAAAUCGAGCAGAGACUUCGCACAGCAGCAUUGAACUCAUUUCGAUCAAAAAUCUUACGAGUUCUUAUAUGUACCGAUGUUGCUUCUCGUGGCCUCGAUAUACCUCACGUUGAUCUGGUGGUAAACCACAAUGUGCCAAAGUGUCCAAAAACUUAUGUCCAUCGUGUUGGACGGUCGGCUCGAGCGGGCAGGUAUGGCUCGGCUUUGACUUUUGUGACACAAUAUGAUGUGGUGCUCUUGCAAGCAGUCGAGAAACUUAUUGGGGUAAAAUUAAAAGAACUGCAGGUAAGCGAUCGGAAAGUGACACGUUAUGUAACAAAGGUACUUGUUGCUAAACGUGAGGCUGAACUGCGGUUGCAACAGAAUAACUUCGGUGAACGCAAGGAAUCGAAUUUACGUAAAGACCUUCUAAUGAACGGUAUUCCUGAAUGUGAGGUGGACAAACGUAUCGAAGAAAUGAAACGCCAGAGGAGGAGAACAAAAAGGAAACCAAAAGAAAAUGACGAAACUGCAAAACCAAAAAAAGUGCAUUCUCCUUAG